AACAUUUUCCACAAAUGAAGUACAAAGCUCCAUUAGUGUGAGCUUUGUAUAAAACUCUCCUCUUCUCUUUUCUUCUACUCUAUUAAUUUGUCACUUCAUUCUACUUGAUAUUAUUUAAAGAAAUAAUGGCUUCCUUAGGUUUCUUGUUCUUCUUCUUGUUGCCAUUGAUAUUGCUUGAGUUAUCUUCAUCUAGGUCAGUAAUGGCAGCAAAAACAAGGCAUUUUAAAUGGGACGUGGAGUAUAUUCAUUGGUCACCAGAUGGUAAAGAAAGUGUAGUAAUGGGAAUCAAUGGACAGUUUCCUGGUCCAACUAUUAGGGCAAAAGCUGGUGAUACUGUUGCUGUUCAUCUUACUAACAAGCUACAUACUGAAGGUGUUGUCAUUCAUUGGCAUGGAAUCCGACAGAUUGGAACACCAUGGGCUGAUGGAACUGCAGCAAUUUCCCAAUGUGCCAUUAACCCUGGAGAGACAUUUCUCUAUAGGUUUAAAGUUGAUAAGGCAGGGACAUACUUCUACCAUGGACACUAUGGGAUGCAAAGAUCAGCAGGGCUAUAUGGUUCACUAAUAGUGGAAGUUGGAGAUGGUGAAAAAGAACCAUUCCAUUAUGAUGGUGAAUUCAAUUUGUUGCUAAGUGAUUGGUGGCACAAAGGUUCCCAUGAACAAGAAGUUGACCUUUCUUCCAAUCCCCUUCGUUGGAUUGGUGAACCCCAGACAUUGUUGAUAAAUGGGAGAGGUCAAUACAAUUGUUCACUUGCGGCGCAGUUUAGCAAACCACCACUUCCACAGUGCAAGUUAAGAGGGGGCGAACAGUACGCACCCCAGAUUCUGCGCGUGCGUCCCAACAAGAUUUACAGGCUUAGGAUUGCCAGUACUACUGCAUUGGCUUCACUCAACUUGGCCAUUGGGGGUCACAAGAUGGUGGUAGUAGAAGCAGAUGGAAACUAUGUUCAACCAUUUUCAGUACAAGACAUGGACAUUUAUUCAGGUGAAAGCUAUUCAAUUCUUUUCAAAACAGAUCAAGAUCCUACCAAAAACUAUUGGAUUUCAAUAAAUGUAAGAGGAAGAGAACCAAAAACACCUCAAGGCCUCACCUUAUUAAACUAUAUUCCAAAUUCUGCAUCCAAAUUUCCAACUUUACCACCACCUAUAGCACCCCUUUGGAAUGAUUAUAACCAUAGUAAGUCAUUUUCUAACAAAAUUUUUGCCCUAAUGGGAUCACCUAAGCCACCACCUCAGAACCAUCGUCGUAUUAUCCUGCUCAAUACUCAGAACAAGAUCGAUGGUUACACGAAAUGGGCUAUAAAUAAUGUGUCGUUGGUCUUGCCAACGACGCCUUAUUUAGGCUCGAUUAGAUAUGGCAUAAACGCGUUUGACACGAAACCUCCACCAGACAACUUCCCUAGAGACUAUGAUGUCCUAAAACAAGCACCAAAUUCUAAUUCUACAUAUGGUAAUGGUGUGUAUAUGCUAAAGUUCAAUACUACAAUUGACAUUAUCCUACAAAAUGCAAAUGCCUUAGCUAAAGAUGUUAGUGAAAUUCAUCCUUGGCAUUUGCAUGGACAUGAUUUUUGGGUUUUAGGAUAUGGAGAAGGGAAAUUUAGUGAAAAAGAUGUCAAGAAGUUCAAUUUAAAGAAUCCACCAUUGAGAAAUACUGCUGUGAUUUUUCCCUUUGGUUGGACUGCACUAAGAUUUGUGACAGAUAAUCCUGGAGUUUGGGCAUUUCAUUGUCAUAUUGAGCCACAUUUACAUAUGGGAAUGGGAGUUAUAUUUGCUGAAGGUGUUCAUCUUGUCAAGAAAAUACCUAAAGAAGCUUUGGCUUGUGGUUUGACAGGGAAAAUGUUCAUGAGUAACAAGCAUAAUUAAUUCUUGUUAAAAUUAAAUUUGGUUACUGAUGAAGUUUAAAAAAAGAGGUCUUUUUUUGUGUGAUGAUUUUUGUAAUUUAAUUUUGGCUGUUGAAGGUGAGAAGAAAUGUGUAGAAAGUGGUGUGAUGUGGUUAUUUAUUUGUGAGUGUGGCUAUGCUAUUAAGAGGUCAAUGGCCUCAAGGCUGUUUGGAAAAAUGUAUUUCAUUUGUGUAUCUUGGCCAUUAUUCUAAGUUUCUUUUAGAUUAAGAUUA